CCCCCCCGGUGCCACCGCUGCCCCGGGGCCCUCGAGGAGACCGACAGACAGACCGACCUCUGGGUGGUGAGACCAUGAGGAAAUUCAACAUCAGGAAGGUGCUGGACGGCCUGACCGCAGGCUCGUCCUCGGCCUCGCAACAGCAGCAACAGCAGCAGCACCAGCCUGGGAACCGGGAGCCCGAGAUCCAGGAGACGCUCCAGUCCGAACACUUCCAACUCUGCAAGACUGUUCGCCACGGAUUCCCCUAUCAGCCCUCAGCCCUGGCCUUUGAUCCCGUACAGAAGAUCCUGGCAGUAGGAACUCAGACUGGUGCUUUAAGGCUCUUUGGUCGUCCAGGAGUGGAGUGUUAUUGCCAACAUGACAGUGGAGCGGCAGUAAUCCAACUCCAGUUCCUGAUUAAUGAGGGAGCCCUCGUGAGUGCCUUGGCUGAUGAUACCUUACACUUGUGGAAUUUACGUCAGAAAAGGCCUGCCAUACUACAUUCACUUAAAUUUUGCAGAGAAAGGGUUACAUUUUGCCAUCUGCCUUUCCAGAGUAAGUGGCUCUAUGUGGGCACUGAACGAGGUAAUAUACAUAUUGUCAAUGUGGAGUCCUUCACACUCUCAGGCUAUGUCAUUAUGUGGAAUAAAGCCAUUGAACUGUCAUCUAAAUCUCACCCAGGUCCUGUUGUCCAUAUAAGUGAUAAUCCCAUGGAUGAGGGGAAGCUUUUGAUUGGCUUUGAAUCUGGAACAGUCGUCUUAUGGGACCUCAAGUCAAAGAAGGCUGACUAUAGAUACACAUAUGACGAGGCUAUUCACUCGGUGGCUUGGCAUCAUGAAGGAAAACAAUUUAUUUGCAGUCAUUCUGAUGGUACUUUGACCAUAUGGAAUGUGAGGUCCCCUGCUAAACCUGUACAGACCAUCACUCCUCAUGGAAAACAGUUAAAGGAUGGGAAGAAACCAGAGCCAUGCAAGCCUAUCCUCAAGGUGGAGUUCAAAACGACUAGAUCUGGGGAACCUUUUAUUAUUUUGUCAGGAGGCUUGUCAUAUGAUACUGUGGGGAGAAGGCCUUGCUUAACAGUGAUGCAUGGGAAAAGCACAGCUGUGCUGGAAAUGGACUAUUCAAUUGUUGACUUUCUCACACUCUGUGAAACACCAUACCCAAACGAUUUUCAAGAACCGUAUGCUGUGGUUGUUCUGCUGGAAAAGGAUUUAGUACUGAUAGACCUUGCACAAAAUGGAUACCCUAUAUUUGAGAAUCCCUACCCUUUGAGUAUACACGAGUCCCCUGUUACAUGUUGUGAAUAUUUUGCUGAUUGUCCUGUGGACCUCAUUCCUGCACUUUAUUCUGUUGGAGUUAGACAGAAACGUCAAGGCUACAGCAAAAAGGAAUGGCCCAUCAAUGGAGGUAAUUGGGGAUUGGGUGCUCAAAGUUACCCAGAAAUAAUUAUUACAGGGCAUGCUGAUGGGUCGGUUAAGUUCUGGGAUGCUUCUGCAAUAACUCUACAAGUACUGUAUAAAUUAAAAACAUCUAAAGUGUUUGAAAAGUCAAGAAAUAAAGAUGACAGACCAAACACCGACAUUGUAGAUGAAGAUCCAUAUGCCAUUCAGAUCAUCUCCUGGUGCCCAGAGAGCAGAAUGCUGUGCAUAGCUGGAGUGUCAGCUCAUGUCAUCAUUUAUAGAUUCAGCAAACAGGAAGUGGUUACAGAAGUCAUCCCGAUGCUUGAAGUUCGACUGUUAUAUGAAAUAAAUGAUGUGGAAACACCAGAGGGUGAGCAGCCGCCACCUUUGUCCACCCCUGUGGGCAGCUCCAACCCUCAGCCCAUUCCUCCUCAGUCUCAUCCAUCCACCAGUAGCAGCUCAUCUGAUGGGCUUCGUGAUAAUGUACCUUGUUUAAAAGUCAAAAGCUCACCACUUAAACAGUCUCCAGGUUAUCAGACAGAGCUAGUUAUUCAGUUGGUGUGGGUGGGUGGAGAGCCUCCCCAGCAGAUCACCAGCCUGGCACUCAACUCUUCCUAUGGGCUGGUGGUUUUUGGCAACUGUAAUGGCAUUGCAAUGGUUGACUACCUCCAGAAGGCAGUACUGCUCAACCUCGGCACCAUCGAACUAUACGGCUCCAACGAUCCUUACCGGAGAGAACCCCGGUCACCUCGGAAGUCACGACAACCUUCAGGAGCUGGCCUAUGCGACAUUACUGAAGGGACUGUUGUUACAGAGGAUCGCUGCAAAUCUCCAACUUCUGGUUCUUCAUCACCACACAAUUCAGAUGAUGAACAAAAAGUGAAUAAUUUUAUAGAAAAGGUGAAGACCAAAAGCAGAAAGUUUUCCAAGAUGGUAGCCAGUGAUCUAGCAAAGAUGUCAAGGAAAUUAAGCUUGCCAACUGACCUAAAGCCCGAUUUAGAUGUAAAAGAUAAUUCCUUCAGCAGAUCUCGGAGUUCAAGUGUAACCAGCAUUGACAAGGAGUCCCGAGAGGCUAUCUCUGCUCUUCAUUUCUGUGAAACUUUUACUAGAAAGGCAGACUCCUCACCCUCCCCAUGUCUGUGGGUGGGAACAACACUGGGAACAGUGUUCAUCAUCACACUGAGCCUUCCCCCAGGACCUGAGCAAAGACUCCUUCAGCCAGUGAUUGUGUCUCCAAGUGGUACUAUAUUGAGGUUAAAAGGUGCAAUCUUGAGAAUGGCAUUUCUGGAUGCCGUGGGCUGCUUAAUGCCACCUGCGUCUGAACCCUGGAAAGAGCACAACGUUCCCGAAGAAAAAGACGAAAAGGAGAAACUGAAAAAGCGGCGCCCUGUCUCAGUCUCCCCCUCCUCUUCUCAGGAAAUUAGUGAAACCCAGUAUGCAGUGAUAUGUUCUGAAAAGCAAGCUAAGGUCAUCUCACUGCCAACCCAGAACUGUGUGUACAAGCAGAACAUUACUGAGACGUCCUUCGUGCUUCGAGGAGAUAUUGUAGCACUGAGCAACAGUGUCUGCCUUGCCUGCUUCUGUGCCAAUGGCCAUAUUAUGACUUUCAGUUUGCCAAGCUUAAGACCUCUGUUGGACGUCUACUACUUGCCCCUUACCAACAUGCGGAUAGCCAGGACCUUUUGCUUCACCAACAAUGGACAAGCAUUAUACCUUGUUUUACCUACAGAAAUCCAGAGACUCACCUACAGUCAAGAGACGUGUGAAAAUCUUCAAGAGAUGCUGGGUGAGCUCUUCACACCUGUAGAAACACCAGAAGCGCCCAACAGAGGGUUCUUUAAAGGCCUAUUCGGAGGUGGUGCACAGUCUCUUGACAGAGAGGAACUAUUUGGAGAAUCAUCCUCAGGAAGGGCCUCGAGGAGCCUUGCACAGCACAUCCCGGGUCCUGGUGGGAUUGAAGGCGUGAAGGGGGCUGCAUCUGGAGUUGUGGGAGAACUGGCCAGAGCCAGGUUGGCCCUGGAUGAAAGAGGACAGAAGCUUGGUGACUUGGAAGAGAGAACUGCAGCUAUGUUAUCCAGUGCAGAUUCAUUUUCUAAACAUGCUCAUGAGAUGAUGCUGAAAUACAAAGAUAAAAAGUGGUACCAGUUCUGACAACCAGAAUCCAGUAAGACCAACUUCCACCAGAAGGAGAAGGAAGUUUCCUUGUUGAUGUCAUUGAUGUGUUUGGGGAGAGAGCACAGAAGGGAAGCACAUUGCUGAAAACUGUUCUUUCCCAGGACAGCCAGGCACUGUUUUACCUCAGUCACAUGGCUUUACCUGCGAACUCACACACGUGCGAACUGGAGCAUAUGGUGUGUCCUGGCUGUGCGCUGACAACCAGAGAACUUAGCGGGAUCAUAUUGACAGAUGAAAACCAUGAAGGGAUGUUGAGAAGUCCCCGUGGGCUAUUCCUUGGAUCAUUCCUGUAUUAAACUUUCAUAUGCCAAAAGAUUUUGUGCCGUUGUAUCUGCCAUCAGUGUUGAUCCGAUGUGGGGAGAGGCAAUAAAUCAGAAGUCCUAAGUCUGAAAUGGUCAUAUUUGUGUCGGGACUGAAUUAUGAACAGCUGUCUGGACUCACCCUCUCCCAGACAGACUGGUCAUCAGUAUCAUUAGUGAAAAAGCAACAAACUGUCGCUUUUACUUUAGACUGUGCUGAAUGGUGGGCUUUAAGUAAUCAGAGCAUACACAUGGCUGUGUAUGGCAUCCUGUUCAAUCCUUGUUACUAUAUAUUUGUGUUCAGUUCCUAUUUUUUCAGAAGCAAAACAAAGUGAUACAUCACUUUUCAUGGAAAAGUGUGGCGCAUGACUCAAUUGCUCAUCUUCUGAGAGUCUCCAUGUAGUGGCCAUGCGGUGUGGAAAGUAAGAAACCCUCCAUUGUGGUGAGGAGAAUUCUUCAAUGUCUUUUGUCUUUGUUCACAUUAAUUCAGCUAAAGGUAGAUUCGACCUAAAGAGUUACUGGUUCAAUUUCUAGAAAAGUUAAAAUUGGCUACGUUUUUAAUUUUGCUUGAAUUUUUUAUAAAAUGUUUAACCAAAUAUGGCCUUGCAUUAUUUGAUUAAAAUUGCUAAAACAACCAUGUUUCACCAUUUCAGUAAAAUGCUCAGAUCCCAUUUAAAAUGCCCUUUACUUGCUAACAAUUCCAGUACCCUCCGAUGAUGACCAGCCAGUUAAAGUUAAAUCUUAGUGCACAUGCUGCCGCAUGGGAGACCAUAAGCAUCUUUGGUCAAUAAUCGUCCAGGAGUCUAGUCUGAUGUCCUGCAAAACAUGUCCCGUAGAAAUACAUUACAAAUUUGCACAUACCCUUCUGAAAUACUAAAGGCAAAGAGGAAAGGAGAGUAUGUUCACUUCCCUAACUGAAUGUUUUCUGCUAUAAAGAGAGAUGUGCCUUCAGUGGCAGACACUGGAUGAUUGGUUCCUGCAGUAGCAUUACAGCCCAGAAAGGAAGCCGUCUCCACUACAGUCAGAGACUGCAAUUGUUAGAGCCACAAAGGAAGAAGUGGAGUGGGAGCAUGAUACUUAUAUCCUGUCUUCUAUACAUUGUCCACUAUGAAAAUCUCUACUGAGUCAUUUGUCCUUAAAUACACAGGGCACACAUUGCCUGCUUGUUUUCUCUCCCGUGUGAUGUGUGAAGUUCCCUGUAAAACAUCUUCAGUUUCACAGCCCAGCCUGUCACUCACCUGUUUCUCUUUCAUUAAUAAAUCUUUUGUUUACAUUUUAUAAUGUGCACUACUGAAUAUAAAAGUUUACAUCAAAGUUUAUUUUAAAUAGCAUUGAGUAAGGAUUAAAUAUAUGUGGUGGAGAAUUGAUCAAGACGAAAAUGUUUUAUAACUAUAAUCAUUUUUAAAAGUUUCUCAAUUCAUAGAAAGUGAGUAACAUUUCUGUUUAGUGUCUGUGCUCUGAACAUUUGGCAGUUUGCAAACUGCCUAAUUUGCAUUAUACAUUGUCCACUAAACCCAUGUCCUGUGAUACCUCAUAGGAAGAAUUGUGUCCUUUUUAAAGGUAUAGUUUUAUGAAUAUCAGUAGUUGAGAAUUUUAAAAGGUUGAAAUACUGAAGUAACCUGACACUCUGCUUGACUCUGUGUGGAGCUGUUAAUUUGCUGUAUUAUUUGUGUAUCAAAUUCCUUUCUAUCGUCAUUUUAAUUGCUGUAAAUAAGAUGAAUUAAAGUUGUAACUAUUUACAAAUAGAGAAGUAGAUGUGUUUACCAGAGAUGGGUUUUAUAAGAACAUCCUAAUUCAUUAUUUUAAAUCAUUUGUUUUGUUUUUUAAUUAAUCUACAUAUUGUGCACAACAAACUAGGAGUCUAGGAUUUGAAAGUAUUUUUGAAUAGAGAAAAUGAUCUUCCCAAGCUAUGCUUGAUUCUGUAAAUAAAACAGUCUGCAGUACCGAAGACCCAGGGGUGGCCUGCCUCCCCCAACCCACUCCUGUCCUUUUUGAUGCAAAAUGAGUAGUCACCAGCAAGCCAAAAUUUCAGGAAAUCUAACAGCAACAACAACAAAAGGUCAAGAUAAAAAUUAUCAGAAAAUGAAAAGUAAGUGUGUGUGUGUGUGUGUGUGUGUUGUGUGUGUGUGUGUAUGUGUGUGUGGUGUGGUGUGUGUGGUGUGUGUGUGUGUUUUCUGUGCCCUUAGCACUGGUUACAUUUGUCUUUGAUUUCAAAAUUCACGUGGUCUGCAAUUAACACUAUUAGCAGGGAGAGAUUUCUCUGUGUGUACCACAUACCCAACUCAUUUCAUUUUGCAAACCAAAAUCAGUCCAUAUUUGCUUAGAAUACUGUUAUUCAACAUAUUUCAUUUUGUCAAAAUCUUUAUAUCUGUCUGAAAAAUGGCAUCACCUCAACACGAGCUCACAUUGGAGUCCUAUGGUGUUUCCAAAAAUGGAUUAUGCAUUUCAAAAACCUGUUCUUCUUGAUGUGAGAUUGUCAUGGAAAAACACUGCUGUGUACGUCUAUCUUUCUAUGCGAGUAUACUGCAGGCUCAUAAGAAUAUCCCUUUACAAAGUAUUCACUUAGAACUUCUUGUUGGUUCUUCUGAGGUGAGCUCAGUAGACAUUUGAGUGUAUGAAACAAGCCUGAAAGUGUACAUAUGCUUAGGAUGAAGGGGAUGCUAGGAGACAACUGAGCAAUGGAGAUUUGUUGCAAGUUCACUCUGGGUCCUAUAUUCAAAUCCUCUAUGCUUUGCUCAAGGCAUUCCGCAUGUGACAUUAGUAAAGCUAUCUCCAAAGGUAAUUUGUGUGUGUGUGUGUGUGUGUGUGUGUGUGUGUGUGUGUGUGACAAAGAUUUAUUUGAACUUGGGGGAUUUUGUUUAUUUGUUUCUGCAAAAUAAAGAGCACUGAACUUUAAACUUGAAUUUUUCUGCAAUUUUUUUAGGUAAUGACUUUUAUUGUCAUUUAGUCUGCAUUUUCUUUAAGUGAUAUGUGUGUAUGAAACAUACCAAAAUCAUGACUAUGCUGCUAGCUGCACCUGAAACCAAUCAAUUUUAAAACCUUUAAUAGGGUUUUAUAUAGCUUUUAAAGAUUAAAAACAAGUGAAAUCAUUUGCUGUA